AUGCGGGGCAACAAGCACACUGGCCGGAAGCACAAGAAUCAGAACAAGAAGACCAGGCCGUCUGUCAUCGCAGCAAAGCGCCGUAACAAGGACAUUGAUCAGGUACAUGAAGACUUGAAGACUCCACAGAAGUUUCAAGCCGGCACACUUCCACGCGAUGAAGACUUGCCCGGUAUGGGACAGUUCUACUGCAUAGCUUGCAAUCGCUUCUUUGCGUCAGAGGAGGUGAAGGAGAAGCAUGAAAGAUCGAAGUCGCGCCAAGGCAUUUGGCAGGGCCACAAUCAAGGACGCAGCAACGACUGCGUCCAAAGCAUCGCGGAAGCAGAAGCAGCAGAUGUUGAAGAACUUUUCUGUCUUGGCUGGGAAAUGUGGUCAGAAGAGCUUAACCAAGCCGUGGCCUCCAAUCGGCCGUGGCCAAUGCCACCUGCGAUCUUAGCUGACGCGCCAGUUGCGGCUGUUCGUGUGGCGGAAGCAGCAAUGAACGCAGUAGCGGCCAUUUGGCGCACCGACGUGGAGUACAGGAGGCUCUUGCAGCAUGUGGAGGAGCUACAGUCGCAGCAAGAAAGCGUGGGUAAAGAGCGGCAAGACGCCAAAGAUGCCUCUGCCGUGCCCUCUCUUCCACUCCACGAGCAGCAGCGCCUGGCAAAAGCCCUACUAAGCGAGGAGCAAGAAGUGCGAAGGCUGCGUGAGAGGGAGAAAGCCUUGAGCGAACAACUCGCUGCAGCGCGAGCUACAGCUCGAAAGCUCAAGGAGCGCGAUGCCAGCUACAAUGCAAGUGAUCUGGAAAGGCAGGCUGCCCUCACAACAGCAAAACGCCAGGAGGCAACUGCAAGGCAGCAGUUUCAGGACCGAGAGUCCGAAAUCCAGGCGCUGCGGCGUGAAGUCAACGACCUGUCAUCACAACUUGCCAAGAAAGAUGCCGUGCAGGCUUCUCUAAGCAAGCAGAUUCGUCAGCUCAAUCUCCAGUUGCAAAGGGCAAGGCAGCAGCGGGAGGAUUUGACACUCGAUCUGCGACACUACCUCUCCACCAUGCAAGACCAGUUUGCGCUCGAGAUGCGUGAGUGUCCCGUGGACCUCCAGGAUCUUCCAUCUUCUGGCAUCACGAGUGAGGCGCAGCCGCGGUCACCGAGGUCGGUGCCUCGACCAGUCAGAUCUCCGGCAAGGUCCCUUUCUGCAAGACUGCUUGAGUUCGACCGUCCUGAGUCUCCCCUGCGGGAGCAACAAGCACGGAAUCCACCGCUGGGUCCGGGUCCACCACUGGGUGAGCGUGGCCGACCAAACGUCUCCGUGCAGCAUUCGCGCAGCCCGGAUGGUUCCAGAUCCCCUGGUCCAAGAAGCCCUGGCUACGAGGUCACGGAGGCCGAUAUUUUGGGAGACUGGGAUCGCUCCCCGAGCCCACGGUCAUGCGCAGGGCAUGGAGCCAUUGGAGCCAUGGAUCCGUAUGUGGCCUCAACGCCCAAGCUGCGCAUACUUUGUCUACAUGGCCGCUGCCAGACUGGGUCGACCUUCGAGAGGAAGCUCGAGAGGGUAGCGGGCAAGUCCGAAAGCUUUGCUGACUUCGUGUUCGUGGACGGUCCGCUGGAGCUACCUUUGCAGCACGGGGAGCGCAUUAACACGAGAGCUUGGUGGCCCGAUGCUGAUAGAUCGGACGCUGCUGCAGCUGCGGUGCGCGAGGUCUUGUCCAGAUCUUGGGCAGAGCUUGGCCCAUUCGAUGGCGUCUUGGGCUUCUCCGAGGGAGCAGCAGCUGCGGUGCUUUGCUGCCAGUGGGCCGAGCAACUCCACACUCUUCCCGAGAUCGAUGCAGCGCCUCUCUUCGGGGAGCUUACCUUCGCUAUCCUCUCGGGUGCACCAGCUCCUGCGUUUCCGGUGCCAGUGCUGAAAGCGAAGUCCCUACACUUCGCAUCGGCGCAAGACACAGUGGUGCCGCUGAGUGACAGCCUGUGCUGCGCGAAGGCUUUCGAGGAUGCUGAGGUGAUCGAGCACGAUGGCGGGCAUUCUGUGCCACAGCGAGCGGAGGACAUUCGGAGCCUCGCUGCCUUUCUGGAGGCGCGCUUAAAGGCACGCCGUAUGCUCGGCAGAGCCAGUUCUGCAGACCUGGAAGAGGAACCCAAGGUGAACCAGGAACAAAAGGAUGAGAUAGAGGCUCUUUUUGCCAUGUUUGGGGAGGACGAGCUGUGCUUGCUCAAGCCAGUGUGGCCAGUGCGGCUGGCCGUCCGCCUUCAAUAUGGGGAGAGCUUUGCUGCACUUCGGUUUCUUUUUCCGCCCAGCUAUCCGCACAAGGCUUCGUGCCUUUGCGAGCUUGAAACCCGCGACCUCGGACUGCAAGCUCACGCCCGAGAGCUGUUAGAAAGCGUGGAGGCAUCGCGGGAGCCGCUGGGCUUUCCCAGUGUGAUGGCGAUGGUUCAGGCGGCGCAGGAGUGGAUCUCGGAUCACGAAACGGAGAUCAGUGGACGUGCACACCCGGCAAGUAGCAUGAGGAGUCUGGAGGAGGCAGAGGCUGAAGAGACCGAGGACGCGUGUGAUGCUUGGUGGCUUCGUGAUGAGACCGAGGUCGAUGAGACCAUGUUGGCGGAGGCCGAGAAGAAAGCUGCUUUCUUGCUGCCUGAUGGUGGCGAUGAGAAAUCGUGGGCUCGACAGUGCGGAGCCGGCAGUUAUGGAAAGUCUUGGGAAUUCAUCAUUGGUCUGGUCGGAAAGCCUUCAGCUGGUAAGUCCACACUGUUCAAUGCUGCCACACGACCGGAAGUGGCAGGCAAGGAGGCAGCGAUGGCUCCGCACCCCUUCACUACCAUCGACCCUAACAUUGCCGCCGGUUGGUUUGCGGCCCCGUGUCCUUCCGUGGAGCUGCGCUGCCAGGACGAGUGCGAACCUGAAUACGGAAGAUCUCACAACAGCGAGCGCCGCUUCCCGCUCUGGGUGAAGGAUGUUGCCGGGCUUGUUCCAGGUGCUUACAUGGGUCGCGGCCGUGGAAAUGCCUUUCUGAAUGAUCUCUGCGAUGCUGACAGCUUGAUCCAUGUAGUCGAUGCUAGUGGAAGAAGCGAUGCUGAAGGUGUCGACCAAGGGUCCUCCACAGGAAAGACAGCCUCGUCGGAUCCACUGGAGGAAAUUGGCUGGGUGCGUAGAGAAAUUCAUCUGUGGAUCUUUUGCAAUGUACGGGCAAAGUGGGAUACUGUGCGAAGAAAAGCGAAACUGGCCAAGCUGAACUCUUCCUUGCGAGAUCUUGCCGCAGAGCGGCUGUUUGCAUUGUUUACAGGCUACCGAGCUUCUCAGCAAUUGGCUGCUCAAGUUUACGAAGCAACUGGGCACAGCUUGCCAAGCUUAGCAGAGGACAUCUUGAAAUGGAGCGAGUUCGAUCUGCACUUGCUGGUGGCAUGCUUCUUGAGAGUCCGCUUCCCCAUCGUCGUGGCCUUGAAUAAGGCGGAUACGCCGGAAGCAGCCCAGCACAUUUCCCGAGUGCAGGCGGCCUUGGGCGACUGCUUGCCAGUCUCCGCUCGGAGCGAGUUGUGGCUCUGGCAACAGAGGCGCAAAGGCACGCUGGCCUACGAGGAUGGUGGUGGCUCUGUGUCGGUGUUGGGCGAUUUUCCCGAGGUGGAGGAGCAAGUUAAGCUCCUCCGCCAGAAAGUGCUGGAUGAGUAUGGCUCUACGGGUGUCUUAAAGGUGCUGUCGCAAGCAGUCUUCCGGCGAAAGCCCAUAUUCUGCUGCCCCGUGGCCGACUUCUCCACAUUGGAGAGUCUGCCAAGGCCUGGAUCUUCAACAACUGGUGGAUACCCGGGGUAUCCCAAGCCGAACCCGACGAAGCCCAAGCUUGCGACGAUGCUAAUGCUUCGGCCGCUCUCGACCGCAGAGGAGGUCUAUGCGGCUCUGAAGAAUGAGCAGAUGGUUCGAGGGGACCUUGUCCGUGCAGAGGUGCUUCAGAUCCACGGCAAUGGCAGCACACAGGUGCAAGUUCUUCGGCGCGAUGACGCGCUAAGACCCAAGGCCUCUCCAGCGGCCUUGGUGGUUCGCGUCUUGACCAACAAGAAGGUCAGGUGA